GCUCUCGCUCCCCGCGGGGCCCCGGAGGCGGUCGAGGCCCGGACGCUGCCCCCCUCCCCACCCCACCCAGCCCCCGCCCGGGCCGUGAGAGGUGGCGGGGCCGCGCGACGCCGAGGGAGAGCCGCCCGAGCAGUUGACCCCAGAACUCAUUUUUCAGGAAGCGGCUUCCUUCAGAAUGGUCAAAAUAAAGGCAUGAGGCGUUUGGACGUUUUUAUCUCCGAGUGAGAAUCUUCUGAUGAGGCAAGGAGUUUGAGAUUUAAUCCAAGCCAUGUGGUAAAGUCGGGGGUCCGAAGAAAAUGGAAAGGCCCGGGUUUCUGUGGCUGUGCCUCUUCCUGCCCGCGGUAAGGGGACACAGCCUUUUCACCUGUGAGCCCAUCACUGUGCCCAGAUGUAUGAAGAUGGCCUACAACAUGACCUUCUUCCCCAACCUGAUGGGCCAUUACGACCAGGGAAAAGCCGCUGUGAAAAUGGAGCACUUUCUGCCUCUUGCAAAUCUGGAAUGUUCACCAAAUGUUGAAAUAUUCCUUUGCCAAGCUUUCAUACCAACCUGCACAGAGCAAAUCCAUGUGGUUCCACCUUGUCGUAAAUUAUGUGAGACAGUAUAUUCUGAUUGCAAAAACUUAAUUGACACUUUUGGGAUCUGGUGGCCUGAAGAACUUGAAUGUAACAGAUUGCCACACUGUGAUGACUCUGGUCCCAUAACUCCUGAUCCACACACAGAGCUCCUUGGUCCUCAGAGGAAAACUGAACAAGUCCCAAGAGACAUUGGCUUUUGGUGCCCAAAGCAUCUCAAGGUUUCAGGAGAGCAAGGCUAUAAGUUCCUGGGGAUUGACCAGUGUGCCCCUCCGUGCCCCAACAUGUAUUUUAAAAGUGAUGAGCUGGACUUUGCCAAAAGUUUCAUAGGAAUAGUUUCAAUAUUUUGUCUUUGUGCAACUCUGUUCACAUUUCUUACAUUUUUAAUUGAUGUUAGAAGAUUCAGAUACCCAGAGAGACCAAUUAUCUAUUACUCUGUCUGCUACAGCAUUGUCUCUCUCAUGUACUUUGUUGGGUUUUUGCUGGGCAAUAGCACGGCUUGUAAUAAGGCAGACGAGAAGCCGGAGCUCGGGAACACAGUCGUUCUGGGCUCGAAGAAUAAGGCUUGCAGCGUGGUGUUUAUGUUUUUGUAUUUUUUCACAAUGGCUGGCACUGUGUGGUGGGUGAUUCUCACCAUCACUUGGUUCCUAGCCGCAGGAAGAAAGUGGAGUUGUGAAGCCAUUGAGCAGAAGGCGGUGUGGUUCCAUGCGGUUGCCUGGGGCAUGCCCGGCUUCCUGACCGUCAUGCUGCUCGCUAUGAACAAAGUCGAGGGGGACAACAUUAGCGGGGUUUGCUUCGUGGGCCUCUAUGACCUGGAUGCCUCUCGGUACUUUGUCCUCUUGCCUCUGUGCCUCUGUGUGUUUGUUGGGCUGUCUCUCCUCUUAGCUGGCAUCAUUUCCUUAAAUCACGUUCGACAAGUUAUACAACAUGAUGGCCGGAACCAAGAGAAACUGAAGAAAUUCAUGAUUCGAAUCGGAGUCUUCAGUGGCCUGUAUCUUGUGCCCUUAGUGACACUUCUUGGUUGCUAUGUCUAUGAACUAGUGAACAGGAUCACCUGGGAGAUAACUUGGUUCUCAGAUCAUUGUCGCCAGUACCGCAUCCCGUGCCCUUAUCAGGCAAACACAGAAGCUCGACCAGAAUUGGCUUUAUUUAUGAUAAAAUACCUGAUGACAUUAAUUGUUGGCAUCUCUGCGGUCUUCUGGGUUGGAAGUAAAAAGACGUGCGCAGAGUGGGCCGGGUUCUUUAAACGGAACCGCAAACGAGACCCCAUCAGCGAAAGCCGGAGAGUGCUGCAGGAGUCCUGUGAGUUUUUCCUGAAGCACAAUUCCAAAGUGAAACACAAGCAGAAGCACUACAAGCCAGGGUCACAUAAGCUGAAGGUCAUUUCCAAGUCCAUGGGGACCAGCACAGGCGUGACGGCAGACCACGGCACCUCCGCUGUGGCGAUCGCUGACCACGACUACUUAGGACAGGAAACUUCCACAGAAGUCCAGACCUCCCCUGAAGCGUCCGUGAAGGAGGUGAGAGCAGACAGAGCAAACCCGCCCAGAGCAAAGGACCGGGACUGUGGAGAACCUGUUUCCCCUGCAGCGUCCAGCUCCAAGCUCUCCGGGGAGCAGAACGACAGGAAAGGCCGAGCCGGCAGUGGGAAGGAGAAAAGCAGUGUGUCGGAAGGGGCUCCGAGUGAAGGAAGGGUAAGUCCGAAGAGUGACGUCACUGAAACUGGCCUAGUGAAGUGCAGCAAUUUGCAGGUCCCCGGUUCUUCAGAACCAGGCAGCCUCAAAGGUUCCACAUCUCUACUUGUUCACUCGGCUUCUGCAGUUAGAAAAGAGCAGGGUGCUGACGGGCGUUCAGACACUUGAAGAAACUUUUAUCUCAUUACCCUGAAGUCAGUUCUUACUACACUGGAGACGACAAUGUGUUUGUCUUUUUACAAAAACCACUGGCAGAGCAGCUCAGUGGUAGAGCAUUCACCCGGAAUACUUGAGGACCUGGGUUCAUCUCCCAGCCCUGCAAAAAGAAAAAUCACUGUUACAUUCUUCUUUUGCACUUAAACCAGCUUUGUCUACUGUCUAGUUGUUUGUUUGUUUGUUCGUUUGUUUGAGACAGGGCUUCUCUUUGUAUCCCUGGCUGUCCUGGAGCUCACUC